UAUUCUAAUGAUCUUCUUCAGUUUCAAAGUCAACUCAUCCACAAUCGCAAAGAUGAGAUUUUCCGAUAUCUUUUCGAACUAUAUUCUCUAUUGCCUGCUGUUAUUGCUACUUGGGUGCGAUUUUGCUGUCUCGGAAAAUGAAGAAUUGCAGACAUAUAUCAUCCACGUGGACCACUCUCAGAAGCCUGAUUCUUUCUCAUUCCAUGAAUCAUGGCAUCGGUCCAUGCUAAGGUCUUUGUCAUAUCCUGCUGAUGACAAAGAAAUGCUACUGUAUUCAUAUAACCAUGUUAUGCAUGGAUUUAGUGCCAGGCUCACGCAAACGCAACUAUCUGAAAUCGAGAAAUCUCCAGCACAUGUUGCCACAUUUCAGGAGUCUUUCGGCAAGCCAUUCACCACUUACAGUCCCAAGUUUCUUGGACUAAGACAAAAUCUUGGCUUGUGGCCUGCUGCAUCAUAUGGGGAAGGUGUGAUCAUAGGAAUUAUUGACACGGGAAUUUGGCCCGAGAGCGAGAGCUUCAACGACAAACGAAUGCCUCCUGUGCCUCAAAGAUGGAAGGGACAGUGCGAGAAUGGCACUGCAUUUGGUCCUUCUAACUGCAACAGAAAGCUUAUUGGAGCAAGAUCAUUCAGCAAAGGACUAAAAGCUGCAGGCAGAAAAAUAAAUCCAGAAUACGACUAUGACUCGCCGAGAGACUUCUAUGGCCACGGAACCCAUACAUCAUCCACAGCUGCAGGUAACCAUGUGCUUGGUGUGAGCCACUUUGGAUAUGCGAAAGGCACAGCGAGAGGUAUAGCACCACAAGCGCAUGUUGCCAUGUACAAGGUCCUUUUUGCGACAGAUUCACUGGAAAGUGCAGCAACCGAUGUGCUUGCUGGAAUGGACCAAGCAAUCGCUGAUGGAGUCGACAUCAUGUCCUUGUCUCUCGGUUUUGAUCAAACACCUUACUACAGCGAUGUUAUUGCCAUCGCCUCACUUUCCGCUGUGGAGAAAGGGAUUGUUGUUGUGUGUGCAACUGGGAAUGACGGAGGCCAUAACUCGACGCAUAAUGCAGCCCCUUGGAUUACAACAGUUGGAGCCGGCACUCUUGAUCGAAGUUUCACCGCUACAAUGACUCUAGAAAAUGGGGUAACAGUGGAAGGAACAUCAUACUUCCCGGAAAGUAUUUACAUUUCUAAUGCUACUAUAUACUAUGGAAUAGAUAAUGAAAACAAAUCCGCCUGUGUAUACGGGGCAUUAAAUAAAAGUGAGGUUCAUGGAAAGAUAGUCUUUUGUGACAAUAGCCUAAAGAAUGAUAUCGAGGGACAGAAGCAGGAAAUUGAAAGGGUGGGUGCAUAUGCUGGAAUUCUCGCAACGGACUUGUUACUUAUGGAUCCCUUAGCUUUUACAAUUCCCUGCCUGAUUCUACCAACUGCUUCAGCUGCUACAGUUAAAGAGUAUGUGACUGCGGCGAAUUUGCCAAAGGUGAAAGUUAUGACCUUCGUGACCACCAAUUUGGGCACUGCGUCAGCACCGCAAGUGGCUUAUUUCUCCUCUAGAGGACCAGACCCUAUCAACCCAAGUAUUCUGAAACCAGAUAUUCUGGCUCCAGGGGUGGACGUGCUUGCAGCUAUUGCACCGAACAAGAACCACAUGAAAGUGGGCAGAUAUGAACUUGCGACAGAUUAUGCACUUUUUUCAGGCACAUCAAUGGCUGCACCCCAUGUUGCUGGAGUGGCGGCAUUACUCAGAGCUGUCCAUCCUGAAUGGAGUCCAGCAGCAAUCCGAUCAGCUAUUAUGACCACAGCUUAUAACACAGAUAACAAGGGCUCAACUUUGAAAGACCAAUGGACAGGCGCUGCAGCCACACCUCUCGACUUUGGGUCAGGACAUAUCAACCCCAACAAAGCCAUGGACCCUGGUCUCAUCUACGACAUGUAUCUGCAAGAUUACGUCAACUUCAUAUGCAGCCUCGGCUACACAGACAAGCAGAUAAGUGCUGUCAUUAGGCGAAGCCAAUGGAAUUGCAGUCAAGAAAGUAAUGACCUAAACUAUCCUUCUUUUAUCAGCAUAUUCAAUAAGAGUAGCACGCCACAGGUGAAGAAAUUUAGCAGAAUGCUAACCAAUGUAGGAGACGACGCAGCUGCUUACAACGCAACUCUGUUGCUUCCUCUUGGAAUGAAAGGCACCUUAGAGCCAAGUAAAUUGUUUUUCACUCGGAAAUAUCAAAGUCUAAGUUUUUCUCUGAGUUUAGAGAUAGAUAAAGAAGUUUCAUCAGCUGUGAUCUAUGGUAAUCUCAAAUGGACUGAUCAACACGGCCAUGUGGUAUCAAGCCCCGUAGUUGCAGUCAAUAUCUAGAUGUUUGGCAAUAAUAAAAAACUUAGAGCCAAAAAACACAAUAAAUGUCGCAGAAGACGACAUUCAAUCUUGUUUUCAUUUAUUUAUCUGUUGCCUAUAUUCCGAAGAAUAAAAUCCUUAGUUUUGUAAAAGUUAUGGAUGAUA